UUCCCUUAUCAUGAUUGUCCUCGAACUCUCCCAGCAUCUUCUCCACGUCAUGCCCACUCCCUAGCUAGCCUCAACUAUAAAAGCCCCAUCACCCCCAAAUAUCCCAUACCUACUCACCAACGCUACACAUAUACAAUUUUCUGGGUUUAGUUACACUCUCGCUUCGAUCCUUGUAAAUUUCACUUCUGUUCGGUGUUUGUUUCGUUUUCGUGCUGCUAGUCUCACACACGGACACACAUAGAGAGAGAGAGAGAAUAUGAGGGACCCUGCAGGAGUGGAAAGUGUAGUGAGAUACUUGGACGAAGAUGGAGACGGGAAGGUGUCGGCGGAGGAGCUGCGGCGGCGGCUGGGGAAGUUGGGAGGGGAGAUACUAGAGAAGGAAGCGGAAACGGCGAUAAAGGAAUUGGAUUCGGACGGCGAUGGGCUAUUGAGUUUGGAGGAUUUGGUGGGAUUAAUGGAGAGAGUGGGAGAGGAAGAGAAGUUGGAAGAUUUAAGAGAAGCGUUUAAAAUGUAUGAUGCAGAAGGGGUUGGGUUCAUAACGCCCAAGAGCUUGAAGAGGAUGCUGGGCAAGUUGGGAGAAUCCAAAUCCAUUGAAGAAUGCAAACUCAUGAUUGAUACCUUUGAUUUAAAUGGCGAUGGCGUCCUUAGCUUUGAAGAAUUCAUAAUUAUGAUGAAGUGAUCGAAGAGAUUAUUCAUGUUAUUUUGUUUCUAUAUUCACCUCAUCUCUGUCAUUCUUUUGAUUUUUAGUCGUAUGUGUUAUAAUCUUUGAUUUGUAUAUAUUAUUUCUUGUUAUAUCGACCACGAGGAUUUGAAAUCUUCAAUCACGUUCCAUUUCCUCCCUUGCAAAUA